AUGUCGAUGAUUGCAAGCUCUUCGCAGAGUGAUCCAGAUUCAAGAAGUUUGCAAGUGCUUCUCGAAGCUUUUGGUUCUCGUUUUUCUCUUGAUGAUAUAGCUGCUGCUUACUGCCAAGCUAGCCAGAAUGUCGAUGUGGCUGGUGAGAUUCUCUUUGCAAUGACAGAGAAGACGCCUCAAAGUGACCAAGUCGAACUGGAGGGAGCAACCUCAAAACCAACUCAUGUCGAUGUUCCAAUGGAGGUUCGACGACAAGAGGAUAGCAAACCCAAAGUUUGGAGGCCGAAAAGGAAUUCGAUAUCAGUUGGUACUGUUUCAAGUGUUAUCGGUAAGGAGUAUGCUAGAUACAGGCCUAUAUCAAAUGCUCCCCGAGAAUCAACUAAACCGAUGAAGAUAGACUCAAAGGAUAUUCCAGAAACUGAGAUAUGGAGUGAAGAAAUGCCAAGACGUAACGAGCCAAACAUAAGCAGGGCACCAACUGAUGUUGAGAAAUUUAUUGUUAAGAUGCUCGGAGAAGGCUUUCAAGCUAGCCAAGAUGUCAUUCACCAGGUUCUUGGCGUAUGCGGAUAUGAUGUGAAGAAGAGUACGGAGAAACUGCUUGACUUGUCUGAUACCAAGAAGUAUGCUGAUGUUGGAAUUUCCAGUGAAGUUAUGUCAGAAGGUGAUCCUCAAGGGCAGGGAUUUACGUCCAGCAAAGUGCAAGAAUUUGCUCAGAGUGACGGAUCAAGAACCCUAACUGGUUCACAGGAAGGAAGCAAGGACAAGACUGGUCUUGAAAAGGAAGUAAUAGAAGCUUUGUUCUCAGGUGUGGAAAGAUAUGUGGAAAAGCCAAAAGUAACUACUCGUCGAAUUGGAGUAAGGAGAGCAAGAGCUGCUGGUCGUCCAGUUUUCAAACCUCUGGAAGAUCCUUUUCAAGAGAGAGUCGUUGCUGUGAAACAAUCGUCACAUACAUCUAAAGAAGAUGAAGAUGAUGACAAAGAAUUUAAGGCACAUCGUAAAGCAGCACUCGAGUAUUGGCAUGAGCUGAAAGAAUAUUACGGAGCUGCUGUAGAAGCAUUCGCCAAAGGUGAAUCCGAGCGAGCACACAGACUCGUGGAGAAGGGACACUUUUUCGGACAAAAAGCUCGAGAAGCAGACGACAAAUCUUUGGCAAAGAUGCUUGAAGUCAAGAAAGAUGAUGAUUCGACUUACGAGGAAGACGAGGUAGUGACAGUGAAUGUAAAUGAACACGAACCAAAGGAAGCUGUUCGACUUCUCAAGCUCCAACUUAAGAACUUCUCUGGCAUUCCAUCGAUCAAGUUUCUCAGAGUCAAACUGGGUGACAACAAGGAUGAUUCCAAGUGCAAACGACGGUGUAUUGGAAUUGCAAAGCUACUGGAGGGAGAAUCUAUUGCUUGGUCUGAAGAAGACAAUGGCCUCGUGAUGAUGAUUCGUGUUGAUGAGAUUGACCUGAAGAAACUGAGUUUUGCCAGGAAAUAA